AUGGUGUCUAACAAUGUGUUUGUGAUUUUCACCAGUCAGGUGUUUUAUUACGCAAGUGUUUUUGCUCUAGAAAACCUAGCUUUAAACAAAUCAACCUGGCAGCAGCAUCCGUUGCCUGGUUCAACUGGAAACGUUGGCAGUGAGAAAGCAGUGGAUGGUUUAUUCACUGACCGUGGUAGUGGUGGUCAGUGUACGUUGAGUGAAGGCGGCCAUUACACAGCUGAAUGGAGAGUGGACCUCGGUAGUGUAGUUAGCAUCAGUCAUAUAAACAUAUACUACAGGACUGACAACCAAGAUCCUGGGCCAUAUGUCCAUAGAUUGGCAGGAUUUUCUAUUUACGUCUCGAAUACAACGUCCAGACUUGAUGGACAACUUUGUUACAAAGACGAAACUGGAGGCACGCCUUCAGUAAACCAAAUCAUUAGCUGUUCUAUUGUCGGACGCUACGUAAUAUACUACAACGAACGUAGUCGUAAUCAUAAUCCUUUUUACCUUUCACAGUAUGCUUACAAUGAACUUUGUGAGAUCGAAGUGUAUGGAUGCCGUGGAAGCUAUGGUGAGGGUUGUCUUCAUCCGUGUCCAACACACUGUUUUAAUUGUGACACAUAUACAGGAGACUGUCUAAGUUGCCUUCCAGGAUAUCAAGGUCAAUCCUGCAAAAACGAAUGUAAAAUUGGACACUAUGGUAGGAACUGUAGUUAUAAAUGCAGCAACAAUUGUUACGUUACCAGCGUAUGUAAUAUAACAACUGGGAAAUGUGAAGGUGGCUGUAAACCAGGAUGGACUGGGGACACGUGUGAUCAGGUGUGCAAAUCAGGCUUCUAUGGUGAGAAUUGCAAGCAUAAAUGCAGUCAAAACUGUAACGUAACCAAGAAUUGUGACAGGUUUACAGGAUAUUGUGACGGAGGAUGUGAACCAGGAUGGAAAGGGCGCAAAUGUGAUCAGACGUGUGAAUCGGGCUACUAUGGUAAGAGUUGCAGCAACCAUUGCAGCAUGAACUGUAAAGUAACUAACCAUUGUGACAGGUUUACAGGACAAUGUUAUGAAGGGUGUAAACCAGGAUGGACAGGCUUAACAUGCAGACUGAUGUGUGCGUCAGGUUACUAUGGUCAUAACUGCAGUAACAAAUGCAGUCAAAAUUGUAACUUAACCAACAGUUGUGACAGAAUUACAGGAGAGUGUGACGGAGGAUGUAAAUCAGGAUGGACAGGGAUCACGUGCAGGCAGAUGUGUCAAUUAGGUCACUAUGGGCAUAACUGCAGUUACGAAUGCAGUCCAAACUGUAAGGUAACAAACAAAUGUGACAGGUUUACAGGACAAUGUGACGUAGGCUGUAAACCAGGGUGGACAGGAAACACGUGUGACCAGCAAUGCAUGGCAGGAUACUACGGUAAAGACUGUUUAAAACAGUGUAGCACAAGCUGUGCUUCAAGUUGUAACAGGAUUUCAGGACAUUGUGAUCACGGUUGUAAACCGGGAUGGGCAGGCAACGCAUGUGAUAAGAAGAUAAUGUGCGACAACGGGUACUUUGGAGCUGAAUGCAAUAGAAAAUGUGGUCAUUGUUUACAAGCCGAUCACUGCCAUCACAUCAACGGAAGUUGCUUGAACGGAUGUUUACACGGAUACAAAGGCGAAUAUUGUAACGAAACAUGUCCGCCUGGGUUCUUUGGAUUAGACUGCAUCAACCGGUGUGACAGCUUCUGUUCUGGAAACGAGUCGUGUGAUCCAGUUCUGGGUAUAUGCAAUAAAGGCUGUAAACGAGGAUGGACUGGCUUGAUGUGUGGUUUAG